AUGCCGCAGAGUUUGCAGAUUGCUCUAAAUUUAAGCAGCAAUCAAUUUGAAGGCGUAUUACCAGAUACUCUGUCGCAAUUGAAUGGAUUGGAAGUGCUGGAUCUACCCAACAACAGUUUUACCGGUCAAAUUCCAGACUCUUUUGUUACAAUGGAAAGCUUGACACAGUUGGUGCUUUCCAAUAAUCGGCUCUCUGGAUUGAUUCCAAAAUUCCGUUCAUAUGUUUCAGUUGACACAACAGUCCCUAUUGGUGGUGUCGUUUUUGCUAUUUUCAUAGCAGCAGUGCUUGUUCGAUGGAUUUCCAGUCGGCCGAACAAGAAUAAUGAUGAGCAGAUCGAAUCCGAGGAACACAGAUCCAACAUCAACGGUAAUGAAGACUUUUACGUGUUAGUAGAGAUCUAA